CAAUUGAACCAGCCUUUAUUGAGCGCGCACUGAAUACCUUGGUCUGGAGGAAAACAAGGAAUAGGAUUUUGGAGGCCAUUAUGUCAAGGGACUCAAAGAAACCCUCAGCACCCAGCCAGGAGCCGAAGACACCAUCGGGCAAAAAGCUGAAGUUUCCACGCCCUCCCCUGUCCCAGUCGUGGAAGCGGGACCGCGAGCAGACCCUGGCGGCGGCCUACGUGCCGGUGGUGGUAGACCCGAAGGGGCAGAGCCUGGACAAGCUUAGGUUCAAGUUCUACACCUCCCAGUACUCCAACUCCCUGAACCCCUUCUACACCUGGCAGAAGCCUACCUGUGGCUACCUGUACCAGAGGGACAUGGACCACACCCGCAAACGCUUUGACGUGCCUCCUGCCAACCUGGUCUUGUGGCGCUCCUAGGCCCCUCCCGGUCGGGAGACACCACCUGCACCCUCCCCCGCCACAAUCCUGGGUCCAGGAGGGGAGGGGCACUUGCUCCAGGAGGAGCAGACCAUGCCCGGUCUGAGACAGCUGUGCUGCGCCCAGUGGCAAAGGGAGGUCUCUGUUCUCGGCAGCAAUUAAAGUUUGUCCUUCCUUUCCUUGCCAUCUGAAUGGGUGGCUGUGGGUGGGUAAACUGAGGCCACAGGGGUGUCGUACGGCAGGUCACGUCCAGAGAUGCCCAAAGACUUAGAAGCACUUGAUUCUCAGUCCCCUCCCCCACCCACCCCCACCUCCAGGAGUGACCUCAAGCCCCCUCUAGGGCCUCAGUCCCAAGCAAAGCCCAUGCUGGUCACACCGUCCCCAUAGACCAAGCUUGGCAAGCCCGCCAAAGUCAAGAAAGAGAGAAGUCAGCUGGCGGUGGCCUGGGUUGGAGCAACCCCUGGAAAAUGGGAAGCAGCACAGGGGGCAACGCAGUCUCUGGGGGGCCUCCUCUCCAGCCCUAGCUUCACAUCCACCUGUCUCUUCUGACUUGUUUGUUGGUGGCAGGACGGAUUUCCCAUCUCGUCUCUCCUCUGGUCCAGAAGAGCUGACUUGGGUUAGUCAGGCUCACGGGCCGUGUUUCAUGUAGACGGGUGAUGAAGGCAGAGGGCACUUGACCCAAAGCAGUGGCCUGAGUCCCCGGUCGCCGCCACCUAGGGGCAGAUCCGGCGCUAUGCCGGGGCCAGCUCAGACGGUCCUCAGGGAUCCGACUGUGGGCAUCUCCUCCCAACACCACAGCCAGUGACUUCGUGUUGGUAACCACUGAAACCAGCAAAUGCCCAUCAUCUGGGGUUUCUUCUUUCCAGAGAGCUCGUUGUUAAAUAUCUGCCAUCACACCACUAGGUGGAUCCAGCUGGUUCCAUUUCUAGGACUCACAGCUCAUUCUAGCUGGGGUGGGGUAUUCAGUGGAGCAUACUUUUGGAGCCUAAGAGUCUGGGGUUGGCUUGGGAUGGAGGGACAGGAUGUCUGGAGACCCAGACAAGCAGCCAGUGCACUGGCCAGGCUUCCUCGGACGCCUUUCUCUGAAAAGAAGAUGGUGAGUAGGGAGGAGGGACAUGAGCCCUCCUAAAGGUUGUGUCACAAGAUAGAGUCUAGGUUUUUCUGUUUGUUGUUGUUGGAGGCUCUCUUU